CAGAUAUAGUGAAUGCAGGGUCCGGGGAGACCAGAUAUAGUGAAUGCAGGGUCCUGGGAGACCAGAUAUAGUGAAUGCAGGGUCCAGGUGAAUGCAGGGUCCGGGGAGACCAGAUAUAGUGAAUGCAGGGUCCGGGGAGACCAGAUAUAUGAAUGUGAAUGCAGGGGUCCGGGGAGACCAGAUAUAGUGAAUGUAGGGUCUGGGGAGACCAGAUAUAGUGAAUGCAGGAUCCGGGGAGACCAGAUAUAGUAAAUGCAGGGUCCGGGGAGACCAGAUAUAGUGAAUGCAGGGUCCGGGGAGACCAUAUAUAGUGAAUGCAGGAUCCGGGGAGACCAGAUAUAGGGAAUGCAGGGUCCGGGGAGACCAGAUAUAGUGAAUGCUGGGUCCGGGAAGGCCAGAUAUAGUGAAUGCAGGGUCCGGGAAGGCCAGAUAUAGUGAAUGCAGGGUCCGGGGAUACCAGAUAUAGUGAAUGCAGGGUCCGGGGA